AUGCCGUUAUUAGAUAUUUCUCAUCGGAGAGUGCCAAGAAAGCCCAUACGGCGUGUGACAGGAAGUCCUUGUUUCAGGACACACCUCUAA